CUCUUUUCUGUCGGUCGCUUACGUUAUAAAAAAGGCUACCCCCGCCCUGCACUCCUCGCUAUCUAGCAAUGGCUGAAAAGAAGGUAAAGAUCUCCAAGAUAGUCAUAACGGUGGACCUAAGCUGCCGUUGUUGCUACAAAAAGAUUCAAAAGGUUCUAUGCAAGCUACAAGAACAAGGAGAGAACAUAACAAGUAUCUCCUACGAUGAGAAGAAGAAUACUGUCACAGUCUCCGGCACAUUCGAUCCUCAUGAGCUCUCCAAGAAGCUCUGGUGCAAGGCCUGCAAGGUGAUCAAAAACAUCAAAAUUGAACCUGACAAACCAUCACCACCUCCCAAAAAACCCUGCGAGGUGAUCAACGACAUAGAAAUUGUAGUAUGUGACCCUCCUAAAUGCCCCGAUCCACCGACAGAACUCAAACGGUCUCCCCCAAAGACAAAACCUGUACCGUGUCCACCACCGUCCUGGCCAGAUUGUUGGUGCAAGCGUCCUAAAUGCCCCAGUCCGCCGCCAGAACACAAACCGUGUCCCCCAAGGCCCAAACCCGUACCGUGUCCACCACCUAUCUGGCCUGAUUGUUGCUGCAAGCCAUGCUAUAUGGGGUGCCAAAGUUGCUCGUGUGGAAAGGUCGAUGGAUGUGUGGGUUAUCGUCCACCAAGUGUCUGUUAUGGAACCUCUCCUGGAGGAUACCAGUUGGUUUGCGAGGAGUAUCCAUCAACGCCAUGCACCAUGAUGUGAUCAUAUAUGUGUUUCUGUGUUUUUCCUUUGUCAAAAAUAAUAAGAAUAAAUUAAGGUGAAUGAUGUUAGAUCUAUGAGAGAGUACGUAAUGAGAGAAUAAAAUGUUAUUUUGGUGUAUUUGUGCUUUUGAAGAUUGUAUGAAAGGGUUUUAUUCUUGAUAAUGUGAAGUUUUUUCUUAAUUA